GUCACAAGCAUCUAGCUUCCGACCACAGGAACUUCCCGUGGCGAAAGAAAAUCAGAACCAAACCCUCAUUUCGUCUUGCUCACCAGAAAGUGUUUGAAGAAAAGGCACAAUGGCAAUGGCAAUGGCAGCGGCAGCAACAGCAACAGCAGCAACUGCAAAAAUUGCAACGCGAGCUCAAAAAUCCACCUUCCUCUCAUCUCAGAAGCACCCACUCUCUCCUCUCUCUCCAAACCCCACCACCUUCCCCAAAUCCCUAAAACUCCCCACCUCAUCUUUCCCACUUUCUCUUAAACACUCCUCUUCCUCCAUUCGUCUCAUCCCCUUAGCCGCUACAUCGCCCACCCCAACCACAAACACUUUCCACGGCCUCUGCUACGUUGUCCGCGACAACAUCGACACCGAUCAGAUCAUCCCAGCUGAGCAUCUCACCCUCGUCCCUUCCAAACCCGACGAAUACAGCAAGCUCGGCUCCUUCGCCCUCGUCGGCCUCCCUUCUGCUUAUUACCCCAUCCCCUUCAUCGAACCCGGCCAGUCCCAGACCCGGUACUCGAUCCUCAUUGGCGGCUACAACUUUGGCUGCGGCUCCUCCCGCGAGCACGCCCCCGUUGCCCUCGGUGCCUCCGGCGUUCGUGCUGUCGUUGCCGAGUCCUACGCCCGUAUCUUCUUCAGGAACUGCGUCGCAACUGGCGAGGUCUACCCACUCGAAUUGGAAUCCCGACUGUGUGAUGAGUGCACGACUGGGGAUGUUGUCACCAUCGAGCUUGAAGAGUGUAGGUUGAUCAAUCAUACGACUGGCAAGGAGCAUCGGUUGAAGCCCAUUGGGGAUGCAGGGCCUGUAAUUGAGGCAGGUGGGAUUUUCGCUUAUGCGAGGAAGACGGGAAUGAUUGCGUCGAAGUAGUGUCCCGGAAAAGGGGGAUUUGGUUAGGUAAUUUUUAUGUUCUUUUUCUCAAUCUAUUAUGAUUUAGGAUCGCCUUCUUCUUCUUCUUCUCCUUCUUAUCAGUGUUCCUGAAUUAGCACCUUAUAUGGGUUUUGAAUUACCUUGUUCAAUGUUUUGUUUGGAAUUUGUAUUUGUAGUA